AUGGUUCUUUCCGACAUUGGCGGAGCCUGCGUGGCAAGCCCGGAGGGUGUGGUGCUUGACGAGAAGGACUUUCACCAGCUGCUGUACGAGGCUACGGCGAGUCUCACCGACCUAGGCGUUUUGCACGACGACUCGAAGCUGGGCAACUUGCACCUCGUAACCGAGGAAGGCAAGGACAAGAUCAUGAUGGUGGACCUGGAGAGGGUGUAUAUGGACCUGUCCCAGGAUGAUUUCGCCUUUGCGGCGCGGAGUAAGGCUAACUUUUUGACCAGGCAGUAUCGAAGCCACUUGAGAACACUGGAAUAUGAUUGCGUGCUGCUUCCCAAGAGGCCGCUCAAGGCGUAG